AUGACAAACACAAACUUCUGUACGGAGGUCAAGAGUGUGAAGGAGUUGUUCAAGUCUUUGAAUGUGGAGACAGUUGUGGUUGAGUUGGAUGUGAUAGAAAGGGGACAGGAGUUACGACAGGCUCUGAGCGCUCGGGUCGGCCGCACGUCUGUCCCGCAGGUGUUUAUCUCUGGCCAACACAUCGGCGGUUGUGAUGACACACAUCGGGCCAGAGAUGACGGACUGUUGGCUAAACUACUGAAAGGACACGACUAUGACUACGACCUGAUUGUGAUUGGGGGCGGAUCUGGAGGUUUGGCCGCAUCUAAGGAAGCGGUCAAAUACAACAAGAAGGUAGCGGUUCUGGACUUUGUUGUACCCACACCUCUGGGCACAGCAUGGGGAUUGGGCGGAACGUGUGUUAACGUUGGAUGUAUUCCCAAAAAACUGAUGCAUACGGCGGCUCUCAUCGGACAAACACUGAAAGACGCCCCACAUUAUGGCUGGAAUAUACCGGGAGACUGUCCCGGAGUUAAAGAGUUUGCUAUUACUUCUGAUGACUUGUUUUCUCUGCCCUAUUGUCCCGGAAAGACGUUAGUUAUCGGCGCUUCAUAUGUGGCUCUGGAAUGCGCCGGUUUUCUCCGCGGCCUCGGAUUGGAUGUCACUGUAAUGGUUCGGUCAAUACUGUUGAGAGGUUUUGAUCAGGAAAUGGCUGAAAAGGCCGGUCAGUAUAUGGCCGAAGAAGGGGUCAAGUUUUUGCGCCCCUCUAUUCCACAGCGAAUCCAACAGUUAGAGUCCGGAGCGCCCGGAAGACUACUCGUAACCGCUAAGAGAACUGAUAACAACCAGGAGUUUAGUGAGGAAUACAAUACCGUUCUGUUUGCCAUCGGACGCGAUCCCUGUACUGAUACUAUUGGUCUCGAAAACGCCGGCGUUUUGAAGGAGAAAAACGGAAAACUGGCCACAAUUAGUGAGAAGACAAACGUUGACAACAUUUACGCCGUCGGAGACAUACUUUACGGGAAGUUAGAGUUGACUCCAGUGGCCAUUGAAGCGGGCGUUUUAUUGGCUCGACGUCUGUUUGGCGGCAGUAAUGUUGAGUGCGAUUACAUUAACGUUCCCACAACUGUAUUCACACCAUUAGAAUACGGCGCCUGUGGUUAUACUGAGGAACAGGCCGUCCAAACAUUUGGCGAACAAAACAUUGAAGAAAGACUAUUGGGUUUUCAUUAUUUGGGUCCAAAUGCUGGUGAAGUGACACAAUUGGUUGGUCUCUCCCUUAAAAUGAAAGCCACAAAAGCAGAUCUCGACGCUCUUAUAGGCAUUCAUCCGACGUGUGCUGAGGUAUUCACAACCCUUGAUGUGACAAAACGGAGUGGUUUGGCGCCUGAUCUCAAGUCUUGUUGUGGUUGAGCUCUGCAACAGUGUUGGACUCAAACUGUU